AUGGCUGGGGGAAGGAACAGCACAAUCACGAUGUUCAUUCUCUUGGGAUUCUCUGAAUUUCCAAAACUCACCGUUGUCCUCUUUUCGGUAUUCCUAGGGAUCUAUCUCAUGACGGUGUCCUGGAACGUGGGUCUCCUCUCCCUCAUCAGGAUGGACUCCCAUCUGCACACACCUAUGUACUUCUUCCUCAGUAACCUGUCUUUACUGGACAUCUGCUAUGUUUCCACUAUAUCUCCCAGGAUGCUGGCAGACUUCUUCCAGAAGCAGAAAUCCAUCUCCUUUGUGGGGUGCACCAUGCAGUACUUCUUCUUCUCCAGCCUGGGCCUGACCGAGUGCUGCCUCCUGGCAGCCAUGGCCUAUGAUCGAUAUGCUGCCAUCUGCAAUCCUCUGCUCUACACUGCCAUCAUGUCCCCCACCCUCUGUGUGCAGAUGGUCGCAGGAUCUUGUAUCACCGGGUUCCUUGGCUCAUUUAUCCAACUGUGUGCCUUACUUCAGCUCCAUUUCUGUGGGCCAAACGUCAUCAACCACUUCUUCUGUGAUCUCCCCCAACUGCUGAUCCUGUCCUGCUCUGAUACCUUUUUCUUUCAAAUCAUGACCUCCGUGCUCACAGUGAUCUUUGGACUCGCAUCUGUCCUGAUUAUCAUGAUAUCCUAUGGUUAUAUCGUUGCCACCAUUUUGAGGAUCACUUCAGCUGAAGGCAGGACCAAGGCCUUCAACACCUGCACUUCUCACCUGAUGGCAGUGACCCUCUUCUUUGGCUCAGGUAUCUUUGUUUAUAUGUAUCCAAACUCUGUUGAUUCCCUGAGUCAAAACAAGUUGGCAUCAGUCUUAUACACUGUUAUCAUCCCCAUGUUAAAUCCACUGAUCUACAGCCUGAGGAACAAGGAAAUCAAAGAUGCCCUAAGCAGGUGGGAGAAAAGAAUCUUCUCCUGGUGUUGCUAA